CCUUAAAAAUGUUCCCCUGCCCGGCCAUGCCAUACAGGGGAGCAGAGAGGUAGAGCGUUUAGACAGCUCCAACGACCACACUGCAGUGAGCCCCCCUCGUCCCGAGAAGCAGAGAGCCUCACCUGAUCACAGGAGGCCACGACUUCAGCACCUUUGCAGGAAGCACAUUAAACUCAAAAUGGCCCGCUUUGGACGACCAUCAUUUUCUCUGAUCCACACAGGACUCCUGUUAGCUAUUGUUUUAUUACCAGAGUUUCUGGGGGCCGUUCCAGUGGAGCAGCACAAGGAGGAGGAAGUGCAUGCAGAGUCUGAAGAUGUGAAAGAACAGGCCAUGGCGAGCCUGACCAAACUCGUUCGUAACAGAAGGAACCUCCCCGUCUUGCCUGUGCCCCAGUUUAAACGCCUGCCGGACUUCUGGGGAUGGUACAAGUACUUCAUGGACAGCCACAACCAGGAGGGAUUGGAGGAUCUGGAUCGUCUGUACAUGGCAUUCUUGCAGAACAAGCACAGGUCAGAGGAGGGCCCUACCUUCAACCACUACCUCAAGUACCUCAGUGAAGUCUACAAGACCUGUGCUGACUCUGAUGAUCCAGAGUGCAUCGCCGAGUCCACCAGCAAGCCAAAGGCUGCCGUGAUGAUGCCUGAGACCAUAAAGUCCGCUUCUGUCAGGAUGUGCAAUCCUUACCUCGACCCCUACUGUCUCUUCCCCCUCCUUCCCAAGGCAGCCGCCCCUGAGCCAGCUCCAGCCAAGGUCCCAGCCCCCAUCCUCACCCCCAUGCUGCCCAUGCCACUGAAGAGCCCCACCGGCUUCUACUACUACGCCCCCGUCCUGGAGCCCUUCUUGAGUGCCGAGCAGAAGACUGAGCUGCUGAGGAUCUGCAAUUCUGAAGAUGUGGAGUGUCUGCAGUAUCACCUGAGGGCAGCUUAUGGUUACCGCCCAGCCCCUGGCCCUGCCCCAUCCUAUGCCGCCCUCAAAUGUGACCCAAAGAACCCCUACUGCAUGCCAUCCCUGGUGCAAAAAGCCCCCACCGGUUUCUACCACUUGGUCUACCCAAGCUGUGACCCAGCAGUUGAUCCCCUGUGUGUGACCAACGUUGCUGCUCCAGCUCCCCUCGCUGGAGAGGAAGCUCCUACAGAACAACAAUGCAACCCUCUCUUUGAUGCCGACUGCAACCCCUUGACCGCCACCAAGCUGUCUGGCCUCACCAAGCCCGUGCUGGAGUAUGCCCCCAAACACAAGCCUGCACCUCCUGCUGCUCCCCUGUCCUGCGACCCUCGCUAUGACCCAUACUGCAUACUGGCAGCCGCCGCUGCCCUGCGCAAGCCUGCUCCGAAGAUCCCCGAACACCAGGUCCGCUACAAGCUUGGAGUCCCAGGCAAGACCAAGGAUGGCCACGACUGCUUUGUGCACUAUGACAAAGACUGCACCCCAGUGAAGUCUGGCUCUGAGGCCAAGGCUGACAUCAAGGCUCCAGCCAAGCCCGCCUGCCAUCCAUUCGACCCGAACUGCGGAAAGUUUGCUGCACCCUCUGGCGUUGUUGCCUCGAAGCCCAGCAAGGAUGGCAUAAUCAUGCCCGACCCUGACUGCGAUCCUGAGUUCGACUACAACUGCCGCCUGCGACGCGCUGAGCCCGCAGAAGCUGCUGAUGAGCCUGCAGCAGCCGCCGCUGUUGAGGAGAAGGCUGCCGAUGAGCCCGCCAAGGAGGCCCCUGUCCCACGAUUUGAAGACUUCCUUAGAGAUUUCAUGAGCCAGCACAAGUAAAUUUAAAAAUAACUUGAUAACAGCAUCUACACCUACUUGAUGAUCUACCUGCCAGAGAUGGAGUUCACUUUGUAGUCAUAACUUUAAUGGAUUUCAUCGACCACAACCUUCCACAGUAUCAUACAGUUGAAAAAACAAAAUCCAUACAUUUUUUUUUGUAUUAUGGGGGAACAAUUCCAGGGGGCUUAGUAUCAUAUAGCAGCAUUAUGUGAAACUUGUGGAUUCAACUCUUCAUGUUUGUAUGUUUGUAGAAAAGUGUCGUAUGUAUAGAUGUGUGAUAGUUUAGGGGUAGUUUGAAUUUUUGUCAUCGGCAAGAAUUUAUAACUGUUGUACAUUCUCUGUUUCCAUUUGAGUUAGCAAAAGUGUAUUUAAUGUUUUUUUCUUUUUUUUUUCUGUAUCUCUACAACUCAUUAAGCUUCAUCUGUUUAGUUUUUAUGGAUGAAAAAUAAAAAAGGAUUUGAAAAACAUUGAAAA